AUGGCUUUCAAUCCGCCAGGUCAACAGCGUCAAGGGCUCUUAACCAACAUGCCCGGCUUCUCUCUCUCGCAUAACCGAAAUCAAAUGCACCAAAACUCACCAACACCCGGAUCGAUUCAUCCAAUCCAAUCGAAUACCACUGGUCCCGCCGGUAGAGGUGGGGCUGCGCUCGGGCUAAAUCACUUUGGCAAUGCGAACGGAAUGGCUGUGGGACAUCUUCCCUCAUCUCAUUCACAAACCCAACAGCAGCUCUCCAAUCAACAGGAAGCAUCACUCGAUCCAUCCGAUUUUCCUGCCCUCGGGGCCGGGGCGCCUAGCUCAACCAACCCAUCACACAAUGCGUUGUCCUAUGCAUCCCAUGUAAACGUUUCGAACGCCAACGGACUCCCCAGUGAUAGAACAGUCGCUGCCACCCUGGCUGGUCAGCGCACAGAUUUCACUCCAGAUGACUUCCCAGCUCUGGAUGCAACAGUCAACCAGCACCACCAGCAACAGCAACAGCAGCAGCAGCAGCUCAGCGGAUCUGAGGGCACGGUCAGGGAAGCACGAGAACAAGCAAGUGCCGCUGCCGCUUUGACCGCCCAGAUGGCAAGGCUAAAUGUCGGGCAAAAUAAAACGGCCGGAAUGGCAGAUUCUGACAAUCGGAACUUUCCCAAUAAACCACCCCCUGGUUCAAAUGCAGCUUUCCACAGCUCAAUCGUUGGAUCCUCACAUCUUUCUAAUGGGAUCGGAAGCCUCAAUUCCCACCAUCCGCUUCAGUCUCAGCCGCCGACCCAUCUGAGUCUGCAAUCGGGAGCCAUCCCGUCCUCAAAUUCGCAUCUCCAUAGCACGCUACGGUCGCCUAUACCACCGAACCUGACAUCGAUGCAGCCCCACCGGCCAACUAACCUGGGCAAUUACCACUCGAACAUCGGUCUAGCAAAUGUCCCGACCACGCUGAUUCAUACACCCGGAUCACAGAACCAAUCGAUACAAGAACCUGGGGAAGCUAAUAGUGGAGUCGAAAAUCGAUCGGGUGGCUCAGAUCCUUCCUCCCAACCAACACCUCUGCUCGAUCACGCCGGUAGCCUAGACUCGAUCUCUCAAAACGCCAAUUGCGUCUCGUCUGUCGUUCCCUUCUUUGCCCCACAGACACCCGCCGAACAGGUCCUAUUCGGCCCGGCCGAUCGUUUCGGAUUAAUGAACUUGUUACAAAUCAUUCGGCACGCUGAUGCAGACUACUCGAUGUUAGCCAUGGGCAAGGAUCUGACUCAUCUGGGACUGGAUCUAGGUUCCUCCGAGGCUUUGUAUCCAAAGUUCAUGAGUCCUUGGUCGGAUUCCAAGCAAGUUGCUACCCACGCCGUCGAACCUGAAUUCACUCUACCUGCUUGUUACCAUGUUCAGCCUCAGCCAGUUCAAACGAAGUUGCCACAGUUCCACGAAGAAACCCUCUUCUUCAUCUUCUACUCACAACCUCGAGACUUGAUGCAAGAACUAGCAGCACUAGAACUGUAUAAGAAAAACUGGAGAUACCAUAAAGAGCUUCAAUUGUGGCUAACUAAAGAAUCUGGAACUGGACCGAUGGAGAAAACUCCUCACUACGAACGCGGAUUUUACGUCUUCUUUGAUCCGACGAUCUGGAAACGGGUUACCAAGGAAUUUGUCCUACAAUAUGAUCAAUUGGAGGCUAAGCCUGCAUUGGCUACCAACCCAGCAGCCCUACAAGCAGCCACCCAAUUAUCAUUAGUAUACACGAGCAACGGACCGCAUGGGAAAAACUCGCUAUCGAGUGCCGCAAACAAUAAUUCGCAGCAACAGCAACAGCAUCAGCAUCAGCAACACCAGCAACACCAGCAACACCAGCAGCAGCAAGCGUCUCAACAACAACAGAACGCUCCGAACGUCCACCCGGCUCAUCACAUGAUGCUCGGCAACAACCUCCCCGCCAACUUAGUCCCUGCCUAG